AUGGAUCUCGACGCGAAAGCGAGAUUCGCGCUCAUCAGCGAAAAUCUCGCCGAGGUUUUGAACCCUGAGUUGAUUGAGAACACCUUGGCCGAGGGGCGGAACCCAAGAGUGUACUGGGGUACCGCGACGACGGGCCGACCUCAUUGUGGCUACUAUGUUCCGGCUUUGAAAAUCGCCCAGUUAUUGGCGGCGGGUUGCGACGUGAUCAUCUUGCUGGCCGACAUUCACGGAUUCCUUGACAAUCUCAAGGCGCCGAUUGAGCUUGUCGAGAGCCGGGCGAUAUACUACCGAAAGGUCAUUACGGCAAUACUCGAAUCCGUGGGCGUACCCACUGGAAAGCUCGAGUUUAUCCUCGGCAGUUCCUACCAGAAGAGUCCUGAAUAUGUUAUGGACGUGUAUCGAUUGUCGUCCGUGAUAUCAGAACAUGACGCAAAAAGGGCUGGGGCAGAGAUAGUUAAACAAUCGGCGAAUGCGCCUUUAAGUGGCCUCCUCUAUCCCAUUCUUCAAGUGCUCGAUGAAGAGCAUCUUCAUGUCGACGCUCAGUUUGGAGGACUCGACCAGAGGAAGCUAUUCGUAGCUGCAAAGGAAUGGUUACCUAAACUUGGGUAUCGGCAGCGCGCGCACCUCGUCAAUCCCAUGAUUCCCGGUCUGCAGGGCGGUAAGAUGUCUGCCAGCGAGGAAGAUAGCAAGAUCGACCUCCUCGACGCCCCCGAGACCGUCUCCAAGAAGCUACGCAAAGCAGAGGCGAUUCCUCGAGUUACUGAGGGGAACGGUAUCCUCGCAUUAGUCGAGUUCAUUCUGCUACCGGCUACUACUCUCAAAGGCAGCAAAGAGUUCCGAGUCGAACGCAGCCGAGAUGGAUUGGAGCCAUUGGUAUACACCGAUAUCAAACAAAUGCAUAAUGACUAUGAGAACGACGUUUUGACACCACAACUGCUGAAGCCUGCAGUAUCAGCCGCCCUCAUUAACCUCAUGGCGCCCAUUCAGGCGGCGUACCAGGCCUCGACUGAAUGGCAGGAGAUCGCAUUGAAGGCAUACCCGCCCGCGCAGAAGAAACAGAAGAAAGUCAAAGACAAGGGCUCUCGCCAUCCUGGGCGUAAGGAUGGGGAGGUUGUGGGCGCCGCCGAGUCCUUGGUCAUCCGGACCGUGGAUGCCGGGACGAGCCAGUCAGAUCAGUAGAUCUGGCAGGACUUGUGGGCAUCCUCUCGAGGUCCAUCUUGAAGCAUGUCGAAUUGACAGCUGCUCUUGGAGGAAAUGCGUACAUGCACUCGCAAUAACCUGUCCUACCCCAAGGCUGGGUAAUCAUCCCUCCUCACCAUCGGUAAUGUCGUUGGGUCACAUUCCGUCAACCCCGAUGGGAAGCCCUGUCAUAUUCUUGCCCGAGUUUGCUCAUCGUCUCGGAUGAAGUUGUAUGGGCACCGUCGGUGGUUGACCAAGGGUACUCGUGGCGGCAGAGACUCGAGGAUUUGUUACCCCAACUGGAAUUGGUGAGCUUCAGGGAUGACCAAGUGUGGUUCGGGCCUGACGGGCAACGCAGACUGCAACGUGGUGGAAGGCGAGACCACCUACCAGCAGUUGCGACGCAGGGCC